GCGUAGUGCGGCCGGACGCUGGACCGCCACCCGCGCGCCGCCGGCACCCCGAAGCUCUCCGCAGCCGACACGACCACCCCGGACUGUCUCGGGACAACCACCCCUGUGCUCCCCACGCGGACGCUUUGUCGAACACGACCCGCGUCGCGUUCCUAACUUACAGACUAAGUGCUACGACUCGUGCUUAUUUCACUGGAGUGUUAAUCCGAUUUCAGAAUAUUUAUUGGAUCGCUUCAUCAUAGGCGAAGAUAUAAAAUCGUCAGGUGUCGCAUCAAACUUAAAGAUUGUCUUCACUCCUGAGCUUCAACCACAGUCACAACAUCAUGGAUAUUUUGGUCGAUUUCAUUUACUUUGCCAAAAGUCUGGCUAAUUAAGUUCUCGACCAACAAGGAUUAGGGUUGGGGUGAAUAAUGGGAAAAAGGAACGUACGGAUCAAGUUCGCACACUCGAUUGGUCCGCCGAUUGACUCGAGCACGUUGGGCACGUCCGAGUAGCACCCCAGCCCGCGCCCCGCACUACCGCACUCUCAGUUACCGACGCUCUAGCGACUGCCAAUAAAGUACAAGUCAUACCGGGUUAUUCACUUAUUUAAAUUUAGAUAUAUUUAUUGUAGUACAAAGAUAAACUGAACACAAACAUUGCGAGCAUUCAACAUUGAUGUAGCAAACCUGACAGGAGAACGAACCGAGUAGUCGUCCUCGGUUGUAAAUGAAACGGUAGUCAUGACGGCCACUGCCCCAGAACUGUCAAAGUCAGAUUUCUUUGAUUUCGUGACAUCCAACGAGGUUACUGAUGCCCAGUACAAACAACAGAUGCGUUCUGUUAAUGUGUUCAUGGAAUCACCCGACUCAAGGUCGAACCCACUGCUCUCAGAGGAGCCCAAAGAACAGAACAAUAAUAGUUUAUUGAGCGUGAGUGGCGCGCAGAUUGGCGCCAGCAGUGGCAUGGCCACGGCCACCACGUCCACCACACUGCAGAGCUUCGACUCUAUCUGGAACGUGGACCGCGAGCGUGAUCGCUUGGACAGCACCAUGUUGGAGGAUCUCAACAAGUUUUAUUGGAAUCAGGAAAGCGACAUUAAUGGCACGCAUCCCUGCGCAGACACUGCAAUUUCCAAUAAAUUAAUAAACAACACGGACGGACAAAUUUACACACUGACUGUACUAAAUCAUGACAUGACAGAAACCAGUUCCAACCGGUACUGGGCUAAGGAAGAAGACGUGUCUAUGUCUAGUCCAACUGAUAUAGAGACGCAUAACUCAUUAGAUCUCGAAUCCAUUUUAAAUAUGAACGGAUUUCCCAAUGACUUCAACCAAGAUUUACCAAAAGUAGAAGGUUUCACUUAUGAAGAUGGUGACUCAGAAAGUCAACAUGCUGAUUUAAGUACUAGUGAUUUAGUUAAAGUGGAACCUUACAGCUACGAAGAAGGUGAGUUUCAGACUAGUGAUAAAAAAGAUGACUCACAUAGUUCAUCCCUUCUUGUUACACCUGCCCUAUUAGAAAGUCAAGUAGAAUUCAAUAACAAUAAUAAUGAUUGGAAAAUUACGGAUCAAAAUACGGAAUCGAAUGAAUCUUUGCUCAGAAGUGCAUUACAGGGAAAAGCCUUUAUUAGAUAUAGUACUAUACAAAAAAAUCCUGCAAAAGUCGAUGUAAGUAGUGAUCUGAAACGAGACAUCGCUACUAAUAACAACAAACCUGAUGUACCAUCGAUGUACCAAUCCAAGGAUCAACUGUUAAUGGCGAUUUCACCACAAAGUCGUUUAAACAUAUCGAUAUUAUUAGAAGAUCCAAACAACAGCGUUGUUUCAAAUGGUGAAAACCCUUCAUCAACGCAAAGUGUAGAUGACAUUCUACUGUCACGGCUUGAUACAAAUUACCCAGAAGACUACGAAAAGUUGAAGAGGAUAGCAACGGAGCUCGGAGAAUCGAUGCAACCGUUUUGUACUGUAGAACCCAUUGACCCGACGCGUAGCGUCUAUAACAUACAUCACGUCAAUGGUGAACUGGUUACCAUGAUCCCCGCCGGGGAGGUCCAGCUAAACCAACACUUACAAAUAGUAACAGCAUCGCCUACCGUGACGAGCACGAAACCUGGCAACAGGAGAUACAAAAAACCGCAGAACAAGAACCCGACGCCGACGACGCAGGCGCAGUCAGGCACGGCCAUACAAGCGGCAACCUCCACGUCUAACGGAGUAAGGAAGGAGAGAUCUCUUCACUACUGCUCCAUCUGCUCGAAAGGCUUCAAGGACAAGUACUCGGUGAACGUGCACGUGCGGACGCACACGGGCGAGAAGCCGUUCACGUGUUCGCUGUGCGGCAAGAGCUUCCGGCAGAAGGCGCACCUCGCCAAGCACUACCAGACGCACAUCGCGCAGAAGAGCGCCGCCGCCAACGGCGCCGUCAAGCCCAACAAGCAGAGGUAACAACGUCCCGCACGCCGCCGCCGCCGCUUACACCCCAUUGAUAGUCAAUUGAACUUUAUCAUGGUGAUAUCAUAACAAAUGUAUUUUCUUUUAAUCGAUACUUAAAGGCUGAAAAUAUCACAGAUGAAUUUGGUAAGGUGCUAAUAAAGUAAUAAUUUAUAGAGAAAUAAGACAGUUACGAAAGAGAGAUGUGAAGUUCUCGGCCGUUAAUCUUAUUUGUUAAUUUGUAUGUAAUUCCGCCCGUUACCGUAUACAUGUUAGCUUUAGCUAAGGACAGAUACUUUUAAGUGUUUUACAAGAUAAUAUAAAAUCGACUUACAUUGCAUAUUUAUUAGUCAUAAAUACUAGUUUACGUUAGAAGUCAUAUUUGUAGACAACGUUUUAUGCAUUUUGGUAUAAGUAGGUAGAUAGGUUCCUUGAUGCUCAAGGCACCCCGACGCAGUCCAUGUGGCGCCGGACUGUACAUCAACCAAUAUUUCUAUAAAUUGUGGAUUAUCGACAAUGUAUUCUGCAGUAACAUCAGAUAAAUAGUGAACAAUGAUGAGCACCGCUGGUGUUAGUGGUCGUCGCAGCGCCGUAGUAAUUUCUCCCGCUGUGCGACCGACUGAACUUUCUAAAAAUAAAAAUAAAAAAAGACUAAAAGAACGAGUAUUCGGAACCCAACAUCUUUCACCGCUCAACUAUCGCAUCUCUGUACUGUGCUCCUCUCGGUUUGAACAGUGAUUUUUCUUUUUCGAGUAUGGCUACACUAUCAUUUUUCGACAUUUCUAUUUACUUAGAGUAACUGCGAUGUUUAAGAUAAGGCAUUGAACAAAAAGUUGAAUAGUUGCGCUAUUAUUAUAAUGUGCUCGUCGGAAAUUGGAACGUAAUAGCUUGUUCGGGACGGGAGGGACCAUUAUUCGAGUGUCCAUAUCGGCCGACGCGACGCAGUGAACGGUUUCUCAUUCCCAAUAUUACAUCUUUCGCCUCAUACUGGGAGAGGCCUGAUUGCCCUCAGAUUGCUAUAAAUUAUAAAUACAAGUGGUGUUUCAAUCGCGGUCUUUAAAAUGUGCUCCCUUUCUCGUCUAACAAAUUGGCCUUUCUUUGUUCCGUCUGUGUGUUUAUAACACAGGGCCUCGCCCUGUCAUUAUUUAUAUACGUGCCUAGAUAGAUAGACAUUGUUUACAGUCGGACACCUAUGUAAGUAAUCAUUUUAUGUCUUCCCAUUAUUACUUACCAGUUAUUAGCCAUGAAACAGUAAUCUUGAGUAUGAAAGUGCAUGAAAGUACUGUGCAUGCUUACCUUCCACUCAGUGAAAGUAAUUACCUAAUACGAGUAUAGACAUCAUUCUAAUCUGUUUCACUGACAUUUUCAGAUGCCUUUCUAUACAUUCAGGUGCUUUGUGCUCCGUUUAUCUUACAGAAAUUACUUUUACGUACACAAAGUUAUAUUUAUUAAGAAGUGUAGUUGAGUAUACCUAGUUUACUUUUUAUUUUCAUUAAACAUCUCACAUCGGAUAUAACAACAAUAUUAUAACUAUUGCCAGAGUUGUGAAAGCACUUUCAUUUGCAUUGCACAUGUUUUAAUAAAUUUAAUACGCGUCAUUAGGUGCAGGCCUUUGCAAAUACAAUAGGAAAGCAUUCCAUGUCAUAGUAAAAUUUCUUAAUUUAUAUAUCCCUCGAGUUUGAUUAUGUCAAAUGUUUUUAGAGUAUAUUCAGACAAUGUCGUGGCCACCGAUGAAUGUGCCAGUGGAGCACAAUAAACACGUUAAUAGGUUAUAUCAUGCAGCGUCUAUUACAAUAGUUCAAUUAUGUACCGUGAUUGAAAUUAAACCACCGGAAUUAAGGUCAAGUUAUAACAUUUCGGCCUCCGCACGUCAGGCGCGCGGUAUCACACACAAUGUCAUUGCAGCACGACUUAUUCUUUUUUUCUGUCAAACUAUAUGACUGGACCUAUUUACAUUAAAUGAGCUUUAACUUACAUGUCAAUUUUUGAAUAGAAGGAUCCUUCCGCCCUCUAGCUAAGUGGAUAAUAGCACUUCUUAUAUCUACCUACGUAUAUACCGAUUUGUUAAUUUAAGUAACAGCUUUUGGAGCUUUGAUAACGUCAAAAUAAUAAUAAUUAUUAUUCACCCGGAUACUAGAAAAUUAAAUAGACCUUUGAAAUAAAUAAAUUGUAAAACCCUAUUAUUACGUAGCAACAUAUAAAAUCAACCAAACUGUAAAUCAACAAAUUAAUUAAACUCUUGUUUGCUAAAGAUUUUCAGAUAGAGAUAAGAAAAGUAAAUUUAUUUAUAUCUCAAAAUUACACCUUGCAGUCUGUACAUUAAUUUAAUAUUAUAUUUCUUGGUAUCCGCCGGUUGCAUUGGUCUAAAUAUAAUUUUAACGACAUCUCUCACAUUCACUGUUGGGAAACUGCUGGUUUGAGCUUCUCUAUUUACUUAUAAAUGUUAAGUUGCCGAUAUAAAUAUGCAUCUUGCCAGAAGCAAUACUGAUGAAAGAGGAAUGUUCAGUAUUUAACUAUUUGUAAACGAACACUGCCCCUUGACGCUCCUGUUUGACUUUUUGACGUGGAGUAUUCUCGUUUCAGCACAAAACUUUACAGCACCUUUCAUUUUUGAAUAAAUCUCGGGUGCUCUCUGGCACUAUGGAGGUGCUUUAAAAGAUGCUUAAAUGAGAAUGCUCUUAGAAUAGUAUAAAUGUUUGCGUGGAACUAACUUAAUACUUUUGUUACUAUAGUAAUGAGUUUCAAUCUCAACCCUUUAAGUAUUUCGGUUUUAUUUUUACAGUAUAACUUUAUAUGAAUGCCUUAUAUGUAGUUGAUAUAAAUGAUUAAUGAGAAAAAAGUGCGGUCUACCUAAAUACAGCUUUUAUUGAAUUCAUGCCAUUAAAUACGCCUAAGGCGUUAAGUCCGCCCUUGUACAAAAUGUGCAGAAAUAUUAAAUAAAUAAAUAAAUACCAUUAUAUGUUUACUACAAAACACUUA